AAUUCUCGAUUCCAAAACCCUAAGCUUCGCCGACUAUCUCCGAUCGUGAUCCUUCCUAAACCCUAGCCUCGCCGGUGAUUAAGAGCUGAGCUAAGGUACCUUUAUCUCUCUCUGGUUCCUCCGUUCGUAUCUCCAAUUCUUCACCGUGUUUAUUGAUCUUAAAAGAAAAUGAGUUUCAACAAAGUGCCGAACAUCCCUGGAUCUCCUGCUCUCUCCGCGCUUCUCAAGGUCAGCGUUAUCGGUGGCCUCGGCGUCUACGCCAUCACUAACAGCCUCUACAAUGUCGAGGGUGGGCAUCGUGCUGUCAUGUUCAACCGUUUAACUGGUAUCAAGGAAAAGGUCUCCCCGGAAGGUACGCACUUUAUGUUGCCAUGGUUUGAGAGGCCAAUCAUCUAUGACGUCCGUGCACGACCCUAUCUUGUUGAGAGCAGUACCGGUAGUCAUGAUCUUCAGACGAUCAAAAUUGGACUCAGGGUUCUCACACGUCCCAUGGGUGACCGUCUGCCUCAUAUUUACCGAACCCUAGGCGAGAAUUACAGUGAAAGGGUGCUCCCUUCCAUCAUCCAUGAAACACUGAAGGCUGUGGUGGCUCAGUACAAUGCAAGCCAGCUGAUCACUCAGAGAGAAGCUGUGAGCAGAGAGAUACGCAAGAUUCUGACGGAGAGAGCUUCGAACUUCGACAUUGCUCUUGAUGAUGUCUCCAUCACGACUCUCACAUUUGGCAAAGAGUUCACAGCUGCAAUCGAGGCAAAGCAAGUCGCUGCUCAGGAAGCUGAACGUGCUAAGUUCAUUGUGGAGAAAGCCGAGCAAGACAAGAGAAGUGCUGUUAUCCGUGCGGAGGGAGAAGCUAAAAGUGCUCAACUAAUCGGACAAGCUAUUGCGAACAAUCAGGCAUUCAUAACUCUGAGAAAGAUCGAAGCUGCGAGAGAGAUUGCUCAGACCAUUGCACAAUCAGCUAACAAGGUGUACCUGAGCUCCAACGAUCUGUUGCUUAACCUUCAAGCGAUGAACUUGGAGCCUAGCUCUAAGAAGUGAAAACAAGGAACUAUAUAGUAAGUUCCAGCCGUUUCUCUCAAAAUGACUAUUUUGUCCAUUAUCGUGAUCGAUCCUGGAACUGCUUAUUGUAAGUCGAGACAUUGAAACUUGGAUUAGCUUUGGUCGUCAUGUUCAGUGGAGAACUGAUUGUUUAUAUUUUCUUGUGCUUUCCGGGAAAAUUGUUGGGUUGGAUUUAAAAAAUAAUAAUAAUAACAAACAUAUUCUUA